AUGAAGCACAUCCGCGGCCUCGUCACCACCACACAGGCUCUUCGCCAGACAUUUCUCGUACCCCACGUAUUACCACGAUCGCAAUUCCUACGCUACGCUCCGGUGCAGUCUUCGUCGCAGUUCCGGUUUCGCUUCACAUCCUCCCGCUAUAGCCAACCGGCCAAGACCGACGAGUUCAGAGAUGAGGGUAUUCAAGCAGACUUUAUCCAGCUCGUGGGCGAGGAUAACAAACUCAUGCCGCCUAUACAACUCAAUUCCGUUCUGGCCUCAAUAGAGCGACCCGCGCAGUUUGUACUUCAAGUCGCCCCCGGGGAGCCUGACAGGCCACCCAUCUGCAAGGUCGUAAACCGAGACCAAAUGCGACAGCGCGAGCGUGCCGUCACCAAAACAGCUCAAGCUACCAAGCUAUCGGUAAAGCAGAUUGAGCUCAACUGGGCCAUUGAUGCGCAUGAUCUUUCUCAUAGGCUGAAGCAGCUCGCCUCCUUCCUGGAGAAGGGCCGGCAGGUGGAAGUAAUUCUAACAAGGAAGAAACACAAGCGAAAUCCGACACCGGAAGAAGUCAAGAACGUGAUGGACAAGGUUCUACAAGCCGUCAAGGAUGCGAAUGCCAUACAGGUCUCAGCUAUGGAGGGGCAACCAGGUAAGCGAGUUAUGCUUACAGUGAAGAAAAAGGAUUUGUGA